AUGCCCGAUUAUGCCAAAUUCAUCAAAGAUCUUGUAACCAAGAGGAGACAUGCUAGUUUUGAAAUGGUGGGAGUUACACAUCAUUGUAGCUCUAUUGUAACGAAGGCUUUGGUUCAAAAGAAGGAAGAUCCAGGAGCUUUCACCAUUACUUGCAUAAUUGGGAUGUAUAAAUUUGCCAAAGCACUAGAUGACCUUGGAGAAAGCAUUAACUUGAUGUCGCUUGCUAUUUUUAACAACUGGUUGGCGGAUAUGAGUGUUGUGUCAGUUAUUGAUACAAUUAAUAAAGUCAUGGAGACAACCGUUGAGCAUGAGCAUGUGGGUGAUAUGUUGGCAGCGGUGAUAAUGAACUAUGAGGGAGAGAAUGAAGAAGAGUUCGAGGAGACGGUUAAUGCAUUGAUUGGGUUGGGGUCAUAUCACUACAAUCCAAAGAAGCUUGAUCUUGAUUUAGAAAACCGGUCAACUCCUCCCGCAAAGCCCUCCAUUAUUGAUCCUCCUACUUUGAAACUCAAACCUCUUCCUUCACACUUGAGGUAUGAAUUCCCUGGUCCCAACAACACAUUGCCCGUUAUUAUUUUCGCUUGGUUGACGGAUGAGCAAAGAGAAAGGUUGUUAGUAAUCUUGAGAAGAUACAAAAAAGCUAUUGGUUGGUGUAUUGAGCCAAGCGUUGAACAUCAAAGGAGGUUGAAUCCUCUUAUACAAGAGGUUGUGAAGAUCGAAAUCAUCAAGUGGUUAGAUGCCAGUGUUGUGUACCCUAUAUCGGAUAGCUCUUGGGUUAGUCCAGUUCAAUGCGUGCCCAAAAAGGAUGGAAUCGCCGUGGUUGCAAAUGCUAAAAAUGAAUUAAUUCCCACUCGCAUAGUCACCGGAUGGCAGGUUUGUAUGGAUUAUCAGAAGUUGAAUAAGUGGACCAUAAAGGACCACUUCCCAAUGCCAUUCAUGGAUCAAAUGCUUGAUAGGCUCGCGAGAAGGGAAUAUUAUUGCUUUCUUGAUGGGUAUUUCGGGUACAACCAAAUCACCAUUGCUCCCGAGGAUCAAGACAAGACCACGUUCACUUAUCCUUAUGGGACCUUUGCUUUCAAGAGAAUGCCUUUUGGGCUAUGUAAUGUUCCCGCAACUUUUCAACGUUGCAUGAUGUCUAUUUUCUCCGACAUGGUUGAGGAGUCUAUUAAAAUCUUCAUGGACGACUUUUUCGUGGUAGGGGAUUCUUUUGACGAAUGCUUGGAGAAUCUUGCCCAAAUAUUGAAAAGAUAUGAAGAGACGAACUUGAUUCUAAAUUAG